AUGGUGCUCGACUUGGACCAGUUUCGGACCGACAAAGGUGGCGACCCAGAGCUCAUCCGUGAGACCCAGAGGAAGAGGUUUAAGGAUGUAACACUCGUUGACAAGCUUGUCGCUGCAGACACAGAGUGGAGGAAAUGCCGCUUCACUGCAGACAACCUGAACAAAGCUAAGAACCUCUGCAGCAAGAGCAUUGGGGAGAAAAUGAAGAGGAAGGAACCUGUUGGGGACGAUGAGUCUUUACCUGAAGAAGCCCAGAACGUGGAGUCUCUAACAGCUGACACACUAUCGCCCCUGACGGUAACCCAGAUCAAGAAGGUGCGUUUGUUAGUGGACGAGGCGGUGGAGAAAGGUGACGGUGAGAGGAUGAAGCUGGAGGCAGAGCGCUUCGAGUACCUGAGGGAGAUCGGCAACCUUCUGCACCCAUCUGUACCCAUCAGCAACGAUGAGGAUGCAGACAACAAGGUGGAGCGUACCUGGGGCGACUGCAGCGUCCAGAAGAAGUACUCCCACGUCGACCUGGUGGUCAUGAUCGAUGGCUUCGAUGGAGAGAGGGGAGCUGUUGUGGCUGGGAGCAGAGGUUACUUUCUGAAGGGCCCGCUGGUGUUCCUGGAGCAGGCUCUGAUCAACUACGCCUUAAGACUCCUCCACAGCAAGAAUUACACCCCGCUCUACACGCCGUUCUUCAUGAGGAAAGAGGUCAUGCAGGAAGUAGCCCAGCUCAGCCAGUUUGACGAUGAGCUUUACAAGGUCAUCGGAAAGAGCAGCGAGAAGUCAGACGACAGCGCCACAGAUGAGAAGUACCUCAUCGCCACCUCCGAGCAGCCCAUCGCAGCCUUCCUGAGGGACGAGUGGCUCAAACCCGAGGACCUGCCCGUCCGCUACGCCGGCUUCUCCACCUGCUUCAGACAGGAAGUGGGCUCCCAUGGCCGGGACACCCGCGGGAUCUUCAGGGUGCACCAGUUCGAGAAGAUUGAGCAGUUCGUCUAUGCCUCCCCACAUGACGGCAAGUCAUGGGAGAUGAUGGAUGAGAUGAUCGGGACGGCAGAAGAGUUCUACCAGUUACUAGGAAUUCCUUAUCGCAUCGUCAACAUCGUCUCAGGUGCCCUAAAUCAUGCAGCCAGUAAGAAGCUGGAUCUGGAGGCCUGGUUUCCUGGCUCUAGUGCCUUCAGAGAGCUGGUCUCCUGCUCAAACUGCACUGACUACCAGGCCAGGCGCCUCCGUAUCCGCUUCGGACAGACCAAGAAGAUGAUGGACAAGGCCGAGUUUGUGCACAUGUUGAACGCAACCAUGUGUGCCACCACUCGUGUGAUGUGCGCCAUCCUGGAGAGUUACCAAACCGAAGAAGGCAUCGUUAUUCCAGAUGUGCUCAAGCAGUUCAUGCCUCCUGGUCUGACAGAGAUCAUUAAGUUCGUUAAGCCCGCUCCUAUUGAUCAGGAGAUGUCCAAGAAAGCAAAGAAACAGGACGGAGGGAAGAAGAAGACGCAGGGAGGCCAGAACCUGCCCACCGCCAUGGAGACCAUGUCCGUCAACGACUCGUAGACUCCGCUACACGACGACCGUGUCGCUUCACCGACCACGCAGAUAGACACUGAUGGAAUAGAGCCUUGUGUGUUUUGCUUUUGGAAAAUGGGGGGAAAAAAUGGCCUCUCAGAGUCGGCACUUAAUGUUAUCCUUAUCAUGAAGACCAGCUCUAUCUCAUGUGUGUCUAUCUGAAUGGAUGGUAUCGUUCAUCUCAGCACGAAGCACGCUGAAAAAGGGAUUUCUCUCUGCGCUCUUACCUACAUCUGCAGCUCACUUCAGAGUCCUCUGACCGCCCGUCUGUCCGUCCCUUUUCACACAUCUGCAGCAACAUUGAGCCUAAAACAAACAGAUGUGGGCAUGAUUAUGUAUUCAGAAUCAGCAGCUAAAUUUCUGGCUUUAUUUUCAUGGCAGUAAGUUUCGGUGACUGGUGUGUGUAGGGAAGAUUUGGGAUGUGUAAUUGGCAUUGAAAGGUGUGCGGGGUUAUUUUUGUACAACUGAUCAGCAACUGAAAUCUUCAUUCAUCUGCUUUGUUGAGAACAAAACCUGCAUUUCCUGUAAAACAUGGUUGAUUACUUUAUGUCUGAGGUGUGUGUGUAAAGUUGAUCUAACUUCUAGAAUUCAGAAAUCAAUCUCAAUCUCAGUCUGUUUUAGGCUACCCUUCAUCAAUCAUCAUCUUCGACCAUCAUUGCGUGACGACCAUUAUGCUUUUCACUGGCUUAUAAUUGACACAUUGACAUAUGAACUCGCUAAUGCAAAGAUAUAUAUACAGUAUAUGAUUGCGCAUUGAUGAAGUGGCAUUCACUUUAAACAUUAAAUACAGUUGAUACUGAA